UACUUCUUUCAUAGACGGGGUUUAUUUGUAUAAAUGUGGGAGGAUUAGACUUCAGAGUAUCAGUUGUUUUUACGAAGUAAUAACAAACAAUCCACCAUAACCAUCAUGAUCUUCAAACUAUGUUUUGUAGCUGCCCUCUUGGCCCUCGCUGCUGCUGAACCUAAAGCCGACCCAAAACCAGCACCAAAGCCUCAAGUCUUAGCCGCAUACGCCGCCGCUCCAGUUGCCUACACUUCGGCCUAUCCUGCUGCCCCUCUUGCCUAUUCCAACUACGUAGCGCCUGCCGUCUAUUCUAGCGCAUACUCUGUGUAUUCUCCAUACGCUGGUGCCUACUAUUAUUAAAUUUAAUUUAUGAUGUGAAUAUUGUUCAACUGGUGCAAUAAAUGAGUUUUGAAAAUGAAUAA